GGUCUGAGCAACGCCAUCUUGUGCGUGAAGGACAUUGAAUGGUUGUUACCUGGAGUAGAAGGGUCCGUGAGCUCGGGGUGUUUUGCCUCGGUGGAAGCGUUUGCAGUAUCAAAACAAUUUCCGUCUGCAUUUGUGUCCAGUUAAGGAGUUUGAACUGAACCCAAGAAGCUUCUAGACAAGCAGUGAUGGCAGGGCACGAUACUGGAUCACAUCCGCAAUUCACAGGGUUUCAAAAAUACUUUAACUCUUACACCCUGAUUGGCCGAAGGAAUUAUGUAAUAGCCACAUAUACAAGCAUUGCAAUGGUCAUCCUGUACUUCAAACUAAGGCCUAAGAAACAGAAACAAACACCAGCUGUAACAGAAAAAUAAAGUGGGUUGUUGAUGUGCUGCUGAUAGUGAACUUCCAGUGUUGUAUUGGUGCAGUCAGCAAAAAUUGAUGUACAGUUCAAAUAAAUCAUGAACAAUGA